CAGCGCUUCUUGCAGGGUCAUUAUUUAAACUGAUAAUGUUUCGUUUCGGUAAAUACUGCGUGUUUGGUGGUACAAGGGUGAUACAGAUUAACAAACUGGGACUCACAAGCAAAUUUUAUUCCUCACUAUCUACCUCUGAAAUGGAAAAGAUCAAGAUAUCGGAUCACCUGAUAUUGAGGCAAACGAUAGAUCAGACUAAAAACCAAAGCGGAGGUAAAGCUAGGCCUCUGGUAUUGUUUUUUCCAUGGAUGAAUGCCAAAGCAGCUGCAGUGCAGAAAUAUUGUGAUAUUUAUCAUGAAAGGGGCAUGGAUGUUUUGAUUGUCUCAAGUUCUGCUAAGCAUUUCUUAUGGCCUGAGAGUGCUGGGCCUCUGGCUGCGGAGGUUUUAGACUACACAAAGAAACAUCACAUUCACCGCCCUCUCCUUAUUCAUGGAUUGUCAAUAGGAGCAUACUUCUUCACAGUUUGCCUCAUGCAGAUGAUAAUGAAUCCACAGAAAUACAAACAGUUAGAGCAACAAAUCUGUGGCCAAAUCUAUGAUAGUCUCACUGUUGGCAGCGUGCAGAGGAUGGCACUUGGAAUUGCCAAAUCAAUCACCAAUAACCAAACCUUGAGUUCCUCAAUCAAGGGCUCCAUUUUGACCUAUUUUGCCCUAACCCAUAGCCAUACUGUGGCACAGUAUGACAAAUUGAUAGCCUUGUUUAAGGAGAAGCCACAUAGGUCUCCAGCCUUACUAUUUUACUCCCUAGAUGAUCCAAUGUGUGAUCCAGAUUCGAUGGCAGAUAUUAUUGAUACAUGGAACAAACUGGGCAUGUCAGUUACCCACAAAUGUUGGGAAAGAUCUAAGCAUGCUGGACACUUGAAGCAGCACACUGCAGACUAUAUUCAAACCUUGGACACAUUUCUCAGACAAUUAACUUUUGAUAUUAAUCCAAAGUCUAAACUCUGACCAUGUCAUACAUUUUGUUCUUGUAUUCAGUGUCACUUGUAUAGGAGUGGCAGAGUCGGCAUCAUUACUCAUACAACCCUGGUCGUUUCAGCUGGAUGAUAGUUUUUGGACCUCAGCACCGAAUCCAUUUUAAUACGUUAUCUAAUAAUCUAAACUUUGUGCUGUCGUUGUCAUCGUUCAUGACAUAAAUACGCUCCUACUUAAUACCAACCCUCCCUAGGCAGAAUUGCAAUAAACCACCUGUUGUUUCAGUAACUAUGUAAAUAAAUCAAUUGCAAAUAUUUUGAAUAAAUUAACUACUAACGACAGGAUUGUAUCAUGCAAAAUUUAUUGACAGCUGAUUAAUUUUUACUUAGUUUCAUUUUAUCUUCAAUAACAGGUGUCUGUCAAAUAAAAUUAAUCCGUAAACGGCAAUUCAUGGUUUACGCUGGCACCCUAGCAAGCACGAAAUGUCCUUUGGCUAUGAUCUAAGACACCGUCAAUUACAGAAGAGGGGUGUAAUAAUUAGUUCCCUUUGAAAUAAAUAUGACAGACGCAAACAAAACCAUUU